ACGCUUUGCAGAUGCUGACGGAAUAUAAAUAAUGUUGCUAGGUUGGAUGGCUUAAGCAGUGUGCAUUCACUCUACCAUCAUUAGAGGAAAUUUACCUGCUUCACUAUGAUUUUGCAGUUUCCUUCCUCAGUAGCGACGCUGAUCGUCGCCGGCGUCCUAUUGGGUCUAUAUCUAGCGUAUCGCGCCGUACUUCCGAAGCCAAUCCCGGGAAUCCCAUACAACAAGAAUGCCGCGUCUAAAAUUUUCGGCGAUGCUCCCGAGAUGAUGGACUAUGUCAAGCGCACUGGGCGCGUUUUUUGUUGGCUUACCUCGAUGACAGUUAGACAUCGAAGUCCUAUUAUUCAGGCCUUCAUCAAACCUAUGUCCCGCCCGUGGGUAGUAGUAACAGACCCCUUUGAAAGUCAGGAUAUACUCCUACGUCGCACAAAGGAGUUUGACCGGAGCAACAUGUUUGGUGAUCUUAUUAAUGGCAUCCUCCCAGAACAACAUAUUCAAUUUCUGUCAACCGACGCCCGUUUCAAGGAUAAUCGAAACCUCAUUAACCAUCUGAUGGCACCUACUUUUGUAAACCAAAUCAGUGCUCCUGAAGUGUACAAAUCCGUGUGCACCCUCAUAAAGGUAUGGCAGGUCAAGUGCGACGUAGCCCAAGGACGUCCAUUUUCGGCAGAUCACGACAUUGUAUAUGGGGCACUGGAUUCAAUCUUUGCGUCCUCAUUCGGACUCUCUGAAGAUGAUAGCAUCACACUUCCGCGACUCGAUGCCAUAUCCAGCUGGACUCCAGAGAUUCCAGACGACAUUGAUACGCCAGUCCCGUUCCCAGACGGUGUGAUUCCUAGGAUAUUCCAGGCUGUCGGAACUCUCGCAGAUUUAGUCACAAGUACUCAAUCAUCGCCAGUACCGCGUCUGACAUCUUGGGUACUCCGCCAAUUUCCCUACAUGAAGAAAGCUGCAGUUAUCAAAGACCAGUUCAUCAGGGACAAGGUUGACGAGUCGCUUCGGCUUAUGAAGAGCGGCGAUGACCGCCCCCGGAGCGCCAUUCACUCUGUAUUGCUCCGGGAGCGAGAAGUGGCAGCGAAGCACGGCAGGCCACCCGCGUACCACGGGCGCGCUAUCGCUGACGAAUUCUUCGGUUUCAUGAUGGCUGGAAACGACACAACAGCGACGACAGUCUCUUGGGGCGUCAAGUUCUUGACUAACAAUCAAGCUGUGCAAGACAGGCUACGCGCCAAGCUACAUGCGGCGAUCCCGCAGGCUGCGCAGGAAAAGCGCGCGCCGACGUACCAGGAGCUUAUCAAAGCGCAUGUACCAUACCUGGACGCCGUCGUCGAAGAGGUGCUGCGCCACGCUAACACCAUCGCUUUCGUGGCACGUGUUGCUGUGCAGGACACGAUGGUCCUGGGAUAUCGCAUCCCUAAGGGUACAGAUGUAUUUUUCAUGGCCAAUGGUGCGGGUUAUCUAGAACCCAACAUGGCUGUAGAUGAAGCGGUGCGGAGUCCGGGGGCGCGGCAUUACGGGGGUGACGGUAAGGUUCUGACGGGGGCCUGGGAUGACGGCGACGUUGCUGAGUUCAAGCCGGAGCGAUGGCUAGUCCUCGACCCAGAAACGGGUACGGAGGUGUUUGAUCCCUUAGCCGGGCCGACGUUAGCCUUCGGAUUGGGUCCACGUGGUUGCUUUGGUCGCAAGCUAGCGGUUCAGGCUCUUCGUAUUCAAUUUGCCAUGACCAUCUGGUACUUUCAUUUACUAGAGAUCCCCCCAGAGCUAAACGGGUAUGGAGCUGUGCAAAAAUUUGCGAGAGAGCCGACGCAGUGCUAUCUUCGUCUCAGGUCUGCCAUGGAAGAGUCAUGAUUUGCGGGAUGUC